AUGUCGCCAGCUGCUGGUGGCCCCGCGUCCGCGCCAGCGCAAUCGGCGGCCGCCGUCCCGCAGGCGAUCGCGGCGCCGCCGGAGCCGGGCCGUGUGGCGCCCGCGGCGUCCCGCCGGGAUCCGCCGGGCCACCCCGAGGGGCCCGAUCCCGCCAAUGCGGCGGCAAGGAAGACGGCGUGGAGCGCGCUGGCGCAGCCCCCCACCGCGGCGGCGGCGGCGGCGGCGGGGGAGACCCCAGAGGGCGGCGGUAUCAUUGGCGGGGAUGCUUCGUGGCCGGCGCUCGCGGAGUCGACGCGCGCGUGCCCCAAGUCGGGCUCGUCCGACUCCCUCCGGGCACUCUCCGAUGCGUCCGGCCCGUCCCCGCAGGAGGAUCCAAUCGCUGCUUCAUCGGUACCCCCACAUCCAGUUGUGGGGGCUAAUCCGAUUCCCACUGCCCAAAACCCUACCUCCACACCUCCUCCCACGGCUGCGGCUUCCUCUCAGCAGAACGGGGCCACAACCCAGACAAUUCCAGUUCGGCGCGGUGGCAGCAGCAGUGGAAACAACGGAGGUGGCAGCCGUGGGAAUGGUAGCAAUGGUGGCCGCAGGGCUGCCAAUAGUAGUGGAGGUGACGGGAGCAGCGGCAGUGGUGGUGAUGGUAACUGGAAUGAUGGAAGCCUUGGUACUGGCAGCGGUUGCAACAGCAGCAAUGGUGAUGGUUCAAUCAACUUGGAUGGUAAUGUCCCUGGCGCUGGUCGUGCCGGUGGGAAUGGCAAUGACAGCAGCAGAAAUGCUCCCGGCAAUAGCCAUUGGAACCACAACAUACGUGGUGGUAGCAGCAGUAACGGUGCUGGUAGUGGUGAUGGAAACAAUAGAUAUAGUAGUGGUAGCAGCAACCACUGGAAUAAUAAUCCCCGAAACAGUAGUAGCAAUAGCAAUGGCGGUGGGGGUCGUGGUGGUUAUCGUGGUCGCCGUGACCAUGAGAGAGGGGCUAAUUUCUCCCCUAGGAACUUCCCCAGAGUUCCAGUAAUGCCAUAUCAACAGCAGCGACAGCAGCAGCAGCCUGGCAUCUACCAGCCUGGGCCCUUUCACCGACCGCCGCCACCCGCUGCCCAUUUCAUGGUGCCACAACAUUUUUAUGUUCCACCAUUUCCCUACCCUGCUGAUGUCCAACCCUAUCCUGUCUACCUCCCACCAGUAGAGCAGUUUCAGAACAUGCAUCUUGUUCGGCCACCCAUGCAGCCUGCAUGGGUCCCUCCUCCUCAGGAUCAGCCAAAUCUCCAAGAUGAUAUUAGGAAUCAGAUAGAGUUCUACUUUAGCACAAAUAAUCUAUGCCAUGAUACAUUCUUGAGGAGACAUAUGAACAAUCAAGGAUGGGUACCUAUUGACCUAAUCUUGGGGUUCAACCGGAUGAGGGCAUUUACGGGCUUGGUGGACACCAACUACAUACUAGAUGCUAUCCGUGGUUCUGAGUUAUUGGAAGUGCAGGGAGAUAAUGUCCGGAGGCGCAAUGAUUGGACAGAAUGGCUACUUCGUUAA